AUGUUCAAGGCCGGCGGCAAGGGACAGGAGGAUGCGGAGAAAUGGGAAAACCUGGAAAGGCAGAUGGUCGCCCGGUAUAACGAUUCCAGCCGUGAUCUCGCUCUCCUGGAAGAUAAUUCUCUGGCAGAGGAAGACGUCGAAUAUGACGAGUUGCAGUUCAUGGUGCCGUCGAUUGGUGCAUCACUCGCCCUACACUCCGCCGUCUCUCAUCUUACGCACUUCUGCGCCAUCAUCCCCAACUCUGCCUACGUCGACGAUUACCCUCUCUACGACCUCGAUCCACCCGAACUCCCGGAAAGCUGGCACGCUUUCGACUCAGAACUUAAAGGCAAACCCCCCAACGCUGGUGUCACGGUUGCGAAGGCGACUACGCUGAAAGACAAGUUCGCGAACCUUGGUGCUCGGAUGUUGCUGCUGCAUGCAACCCCAUGGACCGCCGCCGAGACCAUCAUCACCACCGCCGAAAUUGCUCAGGUCGACACCAUCUCCUCCAACGGCGACACGCACGUCGGCAAUUUCAUUGCACGAGCCAUAGAGAAGGUCGGUAAAGAGGGUGUCAAAGGUUGA